CCUCCCUCCUCUCCCCUCAUUCCAUCCUCUGCCGCCUCUCUCACAGCAGCACAUAAUGAGGCUUCUGCGGCACAAGAUAGAAGUUUGGGCAGGCUUGCUGCUGCCAGAAUUCAGCGGUUCUGGGAUGAGUGAGCUGCGAUUCCCUGAAGAGAAACCUCUCCUAAGAGGACAGGACACCGAGAUGGAAUCGGCAGAAACCUUUCUCUCGGCGGUGGACACUGACUGGAAGGAACAUGACAUCGAGACGCCCUACGGAAUGUUACACGUCGUCAUACGAGGCACUCCGAAAGGCAACCGCCCGGCAAUACUCACCUAUCAUGAUGUGGGCUUAAACCAUAAGCUUUGCUUCAACACCUUCUUCAACUACGAGGACAUGCAGGAGAUCACCAAGCACUUUGUGGUGUGUCAUGUAGAUGCCCCCGGGCAGCAGGUGGGAGCCUCCCAGUUCCCCCAGGGUUACCAAUAUCCCACCAUGGAGAACCUGGCAGCCAUGUUACCCAGCGUCCUGCAGCACUUUGGCAUACAGAGUAUUAUUGGCAUCGGAGUUGGAGCUGGAUCCUACGUCCUUGCAAAGUUUGCACUGAUUUUCCCAGAGUUGGUGGAAGGUUUGGUCCUGGUAAACAUUGAUCCCAAUGGGAAGGGCUGGAUUGACUGGGCAGCUGGCAAGCUGUCCGGACUUACCAGUUCCCUUCCUGACACAGUGUUGUCGCAUCUCUUCAGUCAGGAGGAACUGAUGAAUAACACAGAGCUUGUGCAGAAUUACCGCCAGCAGAUUAGUAGUUGUGUGAAUCAGAGCAACCUACAGCUAUUCUGGAACAUGUACAACAGUCGAAGAGACCUGGAGAUGAAUCGCCCGGGGACCGUCCCAAAUGCGAAGACUUUGAGGGCCCCGGUGAUGCUGGUUGUUGGUGACAAUUCCCCAGCAGAAGACAGUGUGGUUGACUGUAACUCAAAACUUGAUCCAACGAACACCACAUUCUUGAAGAUGGCUGACUCUGGUGGACUUCCCCAGGUGACCCAGCCCGGCAAGCUGACAGAAGCAUUUAAAUAUUUCCUCCAAGGAAUGGGAUACAUUGCCUCCCUGAAGGAUCGGAGACAGAGUGCCAGUGCAGUGCCCUCGGCUAGUAUGACUCGGCUGGCCCGUUCCCGCACAGCAUCUCUCACCAGCACUAGUUCUGUGGAUGGAAGUCGACCUCGGCCUUGCACUCAGUCAGAAAGCAGUGAGGGCAUCGGGCAGAUCAACCACACCAUGGAAGUGUCCUGCUGAAUGCCUGUGGACCAGCACCUUCUUCCCUACUCUACCAUCCUCUUCCCCACCCAUUACCCAUCUCUUCUUUACUGGUUUUUCUUCCUGCAUCCCACCCCUCUAAACAGCGUCUGGCGUUUCUUGGGGAACCAAAAACCAGAGUGACAGUAUUCAUCUUGCAUCUGGUGUGUGCCCUCCAGCUCCCCACUUGUGAUUUCAUGUGAGACCAGCAGGGUCAGGGGUGACCGUACAUAAGGGGGUGGUACAGUCCUUCUCCUCUAUAGACGUGUGGUGGUAUCUCAGCUGGAGGCUGUAGCAGGACACAGGGGUGACUGUACAGAGUAAGGGGGUGGUACAGUCCUUCUCCUCUAUAGACGUGUGGUGGUAUCUCAGCUGGAGGCUGUAGCAGGACACAGGGGUGACUGUACAGAGUAAGGGGGUAGUACAGUCCUUCUCCUCUAUAGACGUGUGGUGGUAUCUCAGCUGGAGGCUGUAGCAGGACACAGGGGUGACUGUACAGAGUAAGGGGUAGUACAGUCCUCCUCUGUAGACGUGUGGUGGUAUCUGAGCUGGAAGCUGUAGCAGGACUCAGGGGUGACUGUAUAGAGUAAGGGGGUGGUACAGUCCUUCUCCUCUAUAGACAUGUGGUGGUAUCUGAGCUGGAAGCUGUAGCAGGACUCAAGGGUGACUGUACAGAGUAAGGGGGUAGUACAGUCCUUCUCCUCUAUAGUCAUAUGGUGGUAUCUGAGCUGGAGGCUGUAGCAGGGUACAGGGAUAACUGUACAGAGUAAGGGGGUAGUAUAGUCCUUCUCCCCUAUAGAUGUGUGGUGGUAUCUGAGCUGGAAGCUGUAGCAGGACACAGGGGUGACUGUACAGAGUAAGGGGGUAGUACAGUCCUCCUUUAUAGACAUGUGGUGGUAUAAGAGCUGGAAGCUGUAGCAGGACACGGGUGACUGUACAGAGUAACGGGGUAGUACAGCCAUUCUCCCCUAUAGACGUGUGGUGGUAUCUGAGCUGGAGGCUGUAGCAGGACACAGGGGUGACUGUACAGAGUAAGGGGGUAGUACAGCCAUUCUCCUCUAUAGACGUGUGGUGGUAUCUGAGCUGGAAGCUUUAGCAGGACACAGGGGUGACUGUACAUAGUAAGGAGUAGUACAGUCCUUCUCCUCUAUAGACGUGUGGUGGUAUCUGAGCUGGAAGCUGUAGCAGGACUCAGGGGUGACUGUACAGAGUAAGGGGGCGGUACAGUCCUUGUCCUCUAUAGACGUGUGGUGGUAUCUGAGCUGGAGGCUGUAGCAGGACACAGGGGUGACUGUACAGAGUAAGGGGGUGGUACAGUCCUUCGCCUCUGUAGAUGUGUGGUGAUAUCUGAGCUGGAGGCUGUAGCAGGACACAGGGGUGACUGUACAGAGUAAGGGGGUAGUACAGUCCUUCUCUAUAGACGUGUGGUGGUUUCUGAGCUGGAAGCUGUAGCAGAACACAGGGGUGACUGUACAGAGUAAGGGGGUAGUACAGUCCUUCUCUAUAGACGUGUGGUGGUUUCUGAGCUGGAAGCUGUAGCAGAACACAGGGGUGACUGUACAGAGUAAGGGGGUAGUACAGUCCUUCUCUAUAGAGGUGUGGUGGUUUCUGAGCUGGAAGCUGUAGCAGAACACAGGGGUGACUGUACAGAGUAAGGGGGUAGUACAGUCCUUCUCUAUAGACGUGUGGUGGUUUCUAAGCUGGAAGCUGUAGCAGAACACAGGGGUGACUGUACAGAGUAAGGGGGUAGUACAGUCCUUCUCUAUAGACGUGUGGCGGUUUCUGAGCUGGAAGCUGUAGCAGGACACAGGGGUGACUUUUCCUGCUGUAAUGUAAAGGUCUGAAGGUCUGUGGAGCACCUACUAGAUACCACAUACCAGCAAUGGGAGAAUGUUAUUGUGGGUCAGAGUAAAUUCUUGCUGCUGAUAUUGUAGAGAGUUGUGUGCAGUGUUAGAGUUGAGUGGAGAUUGCUCCAUACUGACCAGGGUUGUGUUAUACAGUAUUACUUUGAAGCUGAGUAGUGGUCUGACUGACGUGUAUAAUAUGGUAGGGGGGACUUGGCUUUCAGAGAGGUGAAUAUAAUCCGCAAGCUGGACGGUAGCGUUGUAUAUAAUUUAUCAGAUUCCAGCAGAUGGGUCACAGAGGUCAUGUGCAGAGCAUCUCAGCCCAGCGACAGGACUGCUGGCAUGCGUUGUGGUAAGCAGUGCAGGCCGUGGCUUCAGCAUGAGAGGAGCCACACAGGAACACAGAACAGAGGGGGUUCAUCCGUGUAGAUAAAAGUCCCUAAUUUACCGCCGUGUCCUGUCUCCUCCGCUCCCUCAUCUCGACGUCUCUCCCCUUCCCCAUCUCUCAUCUGCGUGUUCUUCCAAUCUAUACAUAAUACAUCUAGGCGUGUGCGCUCCCCAGUUACCUUACAAUUAAUGGAUCCUGUCUGUGUGCGCAGUAAUUCUGUAAUCAUAUAUGUUAUAUUUAGGGAUACUUGUCUAUUGCGGUGGUGGAUGCUUGUAGUUGCAUUUGAGCCAUCAUUACAGAUCCUCCAUGACAGUAAUGGAAGACUUCAAACAAUCUCAAUAAAAUACUAAAAUCUG